CUCCGAACAAUUCUCACAAUUCCAUCUGUAUCCUCGUCCCUCUCGGAAAAUUUCCCCGUCUCAGCUCCGGCGAUGGCUCUCAAAGCCGUUCAUGUAUCCGAUGUCCCCAAUCUGGACCAGAUCCCAGAGAACGCUUCGCUCGCUCUCUACUCCACUCGCUUCUCCAAAGGAGUUGAUAUUGGCCGGAGUUCUUUUAAAGUGCCGAAGUUUCUAGUGAUCGGCCACAGAGGAAACGGCAUGAACAAGUUGCAGUCGCCGGAUCGGAGAAUGAAGGCAAUCAAGGAGAACUCGGUUCUCUCAUUCAACACUGCCGGGAAGUUCGGUGUCGAUUUCAUCGAGUUCGACGUUCAGGUGACAAACGAUGACUGUGCAGUCAUUUUCCACGAUGACUUCAUCCUUUCUCAGGAAAAUGAUACCAUUUUUGAGAAACGAGUAACAGAGUUAUGCCUUUCUGAAUUCCUGUCCUAUGGUCCCCAGAUAGAACCCGGCAAGGCGGGAAAAUCUCUGUUGAGGAAAACAAAAGAUGGGAAGAUAGUGAAGUGGGAAGUUGAGACAGAUGACUCUCUGUGCACUCUCCAAGAGACUUUUCAGAAGGUGAACCCUUCACUGGGUUUCAACAUAGAGUUGAAGUUUGAUGACCACAUUGUAUAUGAGCAGGAUUACCUUAUCCGCGUUCUCCAAGUCGUCUUACAGGUGGUGUUUGAAUCAGCCAAGGAAAGGCCCAUCAUCUUCUCCACUUUCCAGCCUGAUGCUGCUCUGCUUGUCAGAAAAUUGCAAUCUACCUACCCAGUGUACUUCUUGACAAAUGGUGGGACAGAGAUGUACUACGAUGUGAGAAGGAACUCACUGGAAGAGGCAGUGAAGGUGUGCUUGGAGGGAGGGUUGCAGGGGAUUGUUUCAGAAGUCAAGGCAAUCUUCAGGAACCCAGGGUCUGUGACCAAGAUCAAGGACUCCAAGCUUUCUCUCCUCACCUACGGCCAAUUGAAUAACGUGCCAGAAGCAGUGUACAUGCAACAUCUGAUGGGGGUGGAAGGGGUGAUAGUUGAUCUGGUGGAGGAGAUCAGCGCUGCUGUCUCUGAGUACUUCAAGCCAUCAAAGGGAGCACUAGCAGUAGCAGAAGCAGAAGCAGAUGAAAAAGAAGAAGAAGAAGAAGAAGAAGAACAGGGGGAGGAAACAAAACCACAGUUCUCCCAAAGGGAGAUUUCCUUUCUCCUCAAGCUCAUCCCUGAGUUGAUACAGCUCUAAUAGUUCCUCUUAAUUAAUUAAUUAAAUUAGAUAAUUAAUUAUAACUCCCCUAUUUAGGGAAAAAAAAAACCCUUUUAAAGUUUUAGUCAUGAAGAGUUUAAGUACGGGUGGAGGCAGCCAAACACAUACCCAUUUUCAGUUUGUACAUACAAUUUGGUCUUUUUAUUUUUGGGUUAUGAAAUCAGACUCUAGGUCUUUGGGUCUUCUCUGUUCUGUGGCCCUCCAUUUUGUAUCAGUUUAUUAAUAAGCAAAUCUCGAUUCCACUCA